AUGUCUACCCCUCCGGCCCCACCACAUACAAUCUCCUUUGGAGACCUCCAUCUGCCACGAAUUCUCUGCCUGCACGGUGGGGGCGUCAACGCUGAAGCUUUCCGCUUGCAAAGUCGAGGCCUGCUCCGCUCGCUAAACGGCACGUUCAGAUUUGUCUUUCCGGAUGCUCCUUACCUGUCACCCGCAGAUCCCAACGUCAUGCCCAUCUACGCCCACCUGCAGCCGUUUCGCCGUUGGUUGCGCUGGAAAGUAGAACAGCCUAACCCAGGCGCCGACGCUAUUUGCCAGGACAUCGACAACGUCUUGCAUGACGCAAUGGCCAAUGAUAACGCUAUGGGGGCUACUGGCGAGUGGGUGGCCAUUAUGGGCUUCAGCCAGGGCGCUAAAUUAGGUGCUAGUUUGUUGCUCCGUCAGCAGCUCCGUGCAGAGAAGCUUGGACGGGAUCAAGCUGGGUCGAACUUCAAGUUCGGUAUUCUCCUUGCAGGUCGCGCUCCUCUAGUUUCUCUGGAUACGGAUAUGACGGACUCGCUCGCCUUGGCCGAUGCCGAUGAGCUCACUACUGGUGCCUUUGCACAGGUAACUGGCUCGUUCCUACAAGGAUCAGACCACGUUCUUCGUCUGCCGACAUUGCAUGUCCAUGGGAAGAAAGACCCUGGCAUUGAUAACCAUCGUCGGCUGCUUACCGAUUUUUGCCAGGCGGGUACGACUCGCGUAGUGGAAUGGGAUGGAGAUCAUAGAGUCGUCAUUCAAGCCGCGGAUGUCGCGGCUGUUGCGGACGAGAUUUUGGCAUUAAGCAAGCAGACUGGCGUAAUAUUGUGA